AUGGACGAAGUGACACAUGUAGAGGCAGAGCCGGCUCCCUCAGUUAUUGACAGAUAUUACACACGAUGGUACAGAGCAGAUUUGAAGGGGAAAUCAAGUGAAGAUCAUUGUAUCUUGCAGCAUUCGAACAGAAUUUGUGUUGUUACUCUGGCAGAAACUCAUCCUAUUCUUCAAAAUGGAAGGACUGUUAAAUGCAUCACUUACCAAAUUAGUGAUGGCUGUAGUAGACUCAAGAACAAAGUAUCUGGAAAAUCCAAGCGGGGAGGCCAGUUCCUGACAGAUUUCGCUCCUCUGUGUAGAAUAACAUGCACAGAUGAAACUGAAUAUACAAUUUAUAGUUGUAUUCGAGGAAGACUUCUAGAAGUCAACGAGGCUAUUCUAGAAACUCCGUCUUUACUACUGGAAAAGCCAUUCACCGAAGGAUAUAUUGCUGUCAUUUUGCCAAAGCUUGAGGAGAGCAAGAUCAUUACAGAAAACCUUCUGACGAGGGAAGACUUUGAGAAAGUUGUCGCAAAACGAAACAAUUUGCCUUCGCAACCGUCCUGA